AUGACCUUUUAUCAAAUCAUUUUGCCUGAGGCAUCAAAGGACCACCCACUUUACGCGUCCUGCGCGCAGCGCGUAUCCGAUACCACCCCCAGUUCCACUGAACCCGUGUUUUGCGUUCUUGCUUCGAGUUCUGAUUACAUGAGAUGCAUCAGACCUGACGCAUUCUCAACUCGAUCAAUUUGCGGAUCCACAAGGGUCAAUCGCGCGGCGGCGACGGCCACGCAUAUCAUGGCGGGGAUGGAGAAUGUCUACUCUGCUACCUACAGCAGUGUCCCUGUUUACGAGUUCAAGAUCGAUGGCGACAGUGUGAUGAGACGACGAGGCGAUGAUUGGGUCAACGCAACACAUAUCCUCAAAGCAGCGGGCUUCGACAAGCCUGCUCGAACCCGUAUCCUCGAACGAGAGGUCCAGAAGGGCGUACAUGAAAAAGUUCAAGGUGGCUACGGCAAAUACCAAGGAACAUGGAUUCCACUUCCGGAGGGGCGUAUGCUUGCCGAGCGCAACAACAUCCUCUCCAAGCUACUUCCCAUCUUCGAUUUCGCUUCCGGAGACCGCACUCCUCCACCAGCACCAAAGCACACCUCUGCCCCAUCCAAGCCCAGGGCUCCAAGGAAAUCGGCCGCUGCAAACCGCGCAGCCGCCGCUGCGGCGACCGCCGCUGCGGCCGCGGCAGCAGCAGAGACUCUGAAAGUUGUUCAACCACCGCGCAGCAUGGGGCCCCCAACGAUUCCUCAAGACCAUUAUGAGAUGAACUCAGGCUUUGAUGACAAUGAGUCGAUCGGACAUGCCACCGUAGAUUCAUCCUCCAUGCUUGCCGACGAAGACACACUUCAAAUGUCUCAAGGCGACCCGAAGCGCAGGCGAAAGGAAACCCCCAUGUCAAUCAGCGAGCAGGAGCAUAUCAUCUAUGGCGACCAGCUUCUAGAUUACUUCAUGACCGUGGGAGAUGCCCCCGAGGCAGCGCGGAUUUCUCCCCCUGUCCCCCCUGCCCGAUUCCAAAUCGACCGAGCUAUUGAUGACCUCGGAAACACAGCUCUUCAUUGGGCCUGUGCGAUGGGUGAUCUGGGUAUUGUGCACGACCUCAUCCAAAAAGGAGCUAACAUCAAGGCGCUUUCGGAGCAUGAGGAGACUCCACUUGUCCGAGCCGUUUUGUUCACCAACAACUACGAAAAGAGAACGUUUCCUACUCUGUUGGAUAUGCUCCUAGACACCGUUUCCUUUCGAGACUGGUUCGGCGCUACCAUAUUUCAUCAUAUCGCAGAAAACACCCGAAGCAAGGGCAAGUGGAAAAGUUCACGUUACUACUGCGAAAUCCUCCUCGAUAAGUUGUGCAAAACGUGCUCGCAGGAUGAGAUAGGCAUUUUGCUGUCUUGCCAGGAUCAAAAUGGAGAUACUGCCGCCCUUGUUGCUGCUCGCAAUGGCGCAUUCCGUCUGGUGAACAUCCUUCUCGUGCACUGCCACCGAGCUGGUGAUCUGAUGAACAAUAAAGGCGAAACCGCUACCAGCAUCAUGCAGCGUCUGCACCAUCCCAGCCAUGACCAUCCGCCAGCACCGUCUUCUGUGACCGCCAAUGAGCACAUGGAAGGUGAUGUGAGCGGUCUUGUGGCCGCAGAUCAAUCCGCUGUUGCCCCGGUCCCUGAUGCCACUGCCGAGCUUCUCUCCAAGAUCGGCAUGAUCAUGGCUGAAGCAAACAAAAAACUUGCUAUAACUUAUGACAACUCAAAGGUUAACCAGCAAGACUCCACGGAUGUGGCUAACCCUGAAGCGUUGCACGAACAGCUUGAAUCAGAUCGCCAGAAAAUCCAGAAACAAAUUGCUACAUUGUCAGCCAAAGAGGCCGAGCUUGAACGUAAUGAUGAUCAAGCCAGUCGAUAUGAAAUAUUACGGGAAUGCUACGAGUCCCUUCUCGAGCAAAUACAACACAGUCAGUUGGUCCAGCAGUUUGCAAUCACAGAAGUUCCCAAGCCGACUCCGGCUUCCCUCGAGCAGGAUCAGUUACUGUCUCGCUAUCAACUUGCUCGGGAGCUUAGCUCCGCGCAAAAGACACGCUGCAAUGCCGUCAAAGAUCUGGUCCAACAGACAGGGGAUGCUGGUGUGAGUACCAAAUUUGAUGUGCAUCGCAAGCUGGUGGCUUUGGCGACUGGACUAAAGGAAGAAGAUCUGGACCCUAUGGCCGCCGAGCUAGCGGAAACUCUGGAGUUUGACCGGAUGAAUGGGAAGGGUGCGACGACCCCAGAUCAGUCCGCUUCUCUCACUGGACCUGAUAUCUCAAUGGAUGGUUAG